AUACAUUAAUGAGGGUGAGUGGAUAAAGUGUGCUCGGCGUCAUCAGCUAAUUAAUCAACGACGACAUUUCUUGGAAUGCUGAUUUCGAUUUAAAAAAAUGAUUUUCUAAUAUUAGUAGGACAUCAAGACCAGCCUCAGUUAAAACUUCGCUACGAUAACAUACAUCAGUGAAAACUUCGCUACGAUAACAAACAGCAGUGAAAACUUCGCCACCAUAACCAACAGCAGUGAAAACUUCGCCAGAGAACCAGCAACAGUGAAAACUUAGCCACACUAUCGAACCUCAGUUAAAUACUUUACUGCACAUAUAACUACCUCACCACAAUGAUGGACAAACUUUACUUCAUUUUUCUAUUUGGAAUAAUAUAUGUGACGUUCACAUGGGCCGCAAGAUCAAAACCGAAAAUUCUAAGUCUAGAAAAAUCAAAAACAUCACCUGACAUGACGUUAGAUAAAAACAUAAUCAACCAGAGCCUUGUUCCUGGGCUAGAGCCGAAUAUGGCUACGGUUAUAGUGCAGCAAUCGUUGAGAGCAACUGGGAAACGACAUCUACUUUCGGUUUCACGACACAGGCGGUCAGAGGAUGAGAUUUAUCCCGACGAACCGCCCGAACCCUCCGAUCCAAUUGAUCCUGACGAGCCUGAUUCAGAGGAGCAGGUGACGACACUGGCAACAUCUUUGGUACCACAAUCCCUUAUUGAGCCUACAACAACACCACUUAACCAAGCCACAACAACACAUGAACCUGCUACAACAUCAAUUGAACCUGAUACAACAACAGUUGAAGCUGCUACAACAUCAACUGAACGUGUUACAACAUUUGAACCUGCUACAACACCACUUGAACCUACUACAACACCACUUGAACCUGCACCAACAACCGUUGAACCUGCUACAACAACAGCUGAACCUGCUCCAACACCACCUGAACCUGAUACACCAACGUUUGAACCUGCUACAACAACACUUGAACCUACUACAACACCAAUUGAACCUGCUACAACACCAGUUGAACCUGGGACAACACCAUUUGAUCCUGCUACAACACUACUUGAACCUGUUACAACAGCUGAACCUGUUACAACAGCUGAACCUGCUACAACAGCUGAACCUGCUACAACAACACAUGAACCUGCUACAACAGCUGAACCUGCUUCUACAACACUUGAACCUGCUACAACAACACUUGAACCUGCUACAACAACACAUGAACCUGAUACAACAACACUUGAACCUGCUACAACAACACUUGAACCUGCUACAACAACACAUGAACCUGAUACAACAACACUUGAACCUGCUACAACAACACAUGAACCUGAUACAACAACACUUGAACCUGUUACAACAACAUUUGAACCUGCUCCAACAACAUUUGAACCUGCUACAACAGUUGAACCUGAUACAACAACACUUGAACCUGCUACAACAACACUUGAACCUGUUACAACAACAUACGAACCUGCUACAACAACACUUGAACAUGCUACAACAACACUUGAACCUGCUACAACUACACAUGAACCUGAUACAACAACACAUGAACCUGCUCCAACAACAUUUGAACCUGCUCCAACAACAUUUGAACCUGCUACAACAGUUGAACCUGAUACAACAACACUUGAACCUGUUACAACAACACUUAAACCUGCUACAACAGCUGAACCUGCUACAACAACACAUGAACAUGCUACAACAACAUUUGAACCUGCUACAACAGCUGAACCUGCUUCUACAACACUUGAACCUGCUACAACAACACUUGAACCUGCUACAACAACACAUGAACCUGAUACAACAACACUUGAAACUGCUCCAAUAACACAUGAACCUGCUACAACAACAGUUAAACCUGAUACAACAACAGUUGAACCUGCUACAACAACAGUUGAACCUGCUACAACAACAUUUGAACCUGCUACAACAGUUGAACCUGCUACAACAACAUUUGAACCUGCUACAACAACACUUGAACCUGCUACAACAGUUGAACCUGAUACAACAACACUUGAACCUGCUACAACACCAGUUGAACCUGCUACAACAACACUUGAACCUGCUCCAACAACACAUGAACCUGCUACAACAACAGUUGAACCUGAUACAACAACAGUUGAACCUGCUACAACACUUGAACCUGCUACAACAACACUUGAACCUGCUACAACAACAGUUGAACCUGCUACAACAGUUGAACCUGCUACAACAACACUUGAACCUGCUACAACAACACUUGAACCUGCUACAACAACACUUGAACCUGCUACAACAACACUUGAACCUGUUACAACAACACACGAACCUGCUACAACAACACUUGAACCUGUUACAACAACACACGAACCUGCUACAACAACACUUGAACCUGAUACAACAACAGCUGAACCUGUUACAACACCAUUUGAACCUGCUACAACACCAUUUGAACCUGCUACAACACCACUUGAACAUACUAUAACAACAGUUGAGUCUGAUAUAACAACAGUUGAACCUGUUACAACAACACAUGAGCCUGCUACAACAACACUUGAACCUGUUACAACAACACACGAACAUGCUACAACAAUAGGUGAACUUGCUACAACAACACAUGAACCUGAUACAACAACACAUGAACCUGCUCUAACAACAGUUGAACCUGCUCUAACAACAGCUGAACUUGAUACAUCACCUCAUGAACCUGCUACAACACCAACUGACUCUGCUACAACAACACUUGAACCUGCUACAACAACACAUGAGCCUGCUACAACACCACUUGAACCUGCUACAACAACACUUGAACCUGCUACAACAACACUUGAACCUUCUACAACAACAGCUGAACCUGCUACAACAGUUGAACCUGCUACAACAUUUGAACCUGCUACAACAGUUGAACCUGCUACAACACAUGAACCUGCUACAACAACACUUGAACCUGCUACAACAACACAUGAACCUGUUACAACACCACUUGAACCUGCUACAACAACACUUGAACCUGCUACAACACCACUUGAACCUGCUACAACAACACUUGAACCUGCCGCAACAACAGCUGAACCUGCUACAACAGUUGAACCUGCUACAACAGUUGAACCUGCUACAACAGUUGAACCUGCUACAACAACAGUUGAACCUGCUACAACACAUGAACAUGCUACAACAACACAUGAACCUGCUCUAACACCGCUUGAGACGAGUUCGAAUCUACCACAAGAAAUGCUAAUCACACUCCAUCUUCAAUCCGACUGCUCCGCCGUGUCGCCCUACGCCGAGGACCUGCGACUCAAAGUCUUCUCGCUGCUCGCUCAGCUUAUCCAAAACGGAAGUGACGUCACCAUCGGGAAACUCCACUGCGAUACCAACACGAUUUCGGUCAACUUCCGGAACGUGGAUCGGUCCCACGUGAUCGCGGGACUGGAUAAACUGUUUUCCAGGCACGUUCACGUCCACGUGGGCAAGAAACUGAUCGUUAACGUGACCGGAUAUGAAGAGAUCACGCCGGAGACGUCGAAAAGAAAACCUUCAAGUCUUGGUGUAUCCGACGUCGUCGUGAUCUCAACCGCUGCCUUGCUUUGCGUCGCUGUUUUAGCGUUUGCCGUUUUUAUUUAUAUAAAAAGAUACUACUUAAGAAAAGUCCGGAAUCUGAGACUUGAUCCGAGUACCGGAAUGAACACGUAUUUAUCCGUGUAUACUAACCCCGGUAUGAUGGAGGAAAGUUCUUUGGAUAUCUCAUUCCCGAUUGAUCCGGAGUACUCGAAGAACUCGGGAAAGAACGGAGUCGAAACUUCGUUUUCAAAGCCGUCGAGUUGUGGGUUGAAGCUCGGGAGAGAUAUUCACGAGAAGGGGACCAACACGGAAAAGGUGAGUCACAGAAAGCGAACAAUGCGGGAGGAGAAGCAGAAGACGCGAAACGGCGGGAAACAAAAAGAGGUGCGAACGAGAAGGACAUCGAAAUACGGGCUGAUGAUUGGCCUGCUGGGGUACACAAAGAAGGAACAGACGACUUACGAGGCGGCAGGCGACAGCAACGACGAAGACAACGCCUACGCGAUGCCCAGUAAGAUAUUGAUGGCGCAGGGAAAGCAUUUGUCGAGGUUGCGAUCUGAAGAUGAGAAAUCAAAUUCUCCUAAAACAAAGAACAGGCGCGCGAAAAAUGAAAGGGAAACAACCAAGGCUGAUAAAUCACACGGGAAAUUUGAUGCGGCGAAAAAUGGCGAAGAUAAUACAAGGCUGUCGUCUGAUUUCGAUAGAGAUCGCAAGCUGCGGGGGAUAACCCAUCUGACCUUUGAACCUGAAGAUGAAACGAAUGCUACCAGCAAAUCAACGCAAAGCUUACACAUUUAA